UUUGAUAUUUAUUUGAAAAAUGUCAAUAGGUAGUUUGCGAAAUAUAUUUUUCUCAAAUGAAGUCACACAGUAGGUGAACCAAUCCCAGCCAGACUAUUCAGCAUUGCUUUGAUGUUUUUUGGAUUCGAUACUAUGUCAAGACUUACCGAUUUUGUGAACAUUUUUCAUGGCUACAUUGUCACAACCACAAUAUAAAAUAUUAUCGAUAGUACUACCGAUAGUGUAUACUAAACUAAUACCUCCUGCAACACUACUAAUGUCAAUGACUUGUCAAUGUCAUGUUCAUGUGAUGCGGUGUGCUGUUUAUUGCUUGAUUUGAUUGUGAUUAAAUUAAUAUUUAUGUGCGUAUGAUGAAUUUAACAUUACAUUUACUCUUUCAAAGAAAACAGUAAGAUAUUUGGGCACACUUGUACAUAAUGGCAGAGAAAUCAAGCAGUCGAAUAUUCACUGGGAGUAGAGUUUUAGGUUAUGUGAGUACACAUGUGCCUUUUGUACCUCGAUUUAUCAAAAGACGCGGAGAAACUCUUCUUUGCACUAGCGUAGGCAAAUGGUUCCAUACGUAUGGUUGCAAUAAUUUUCGACUUUUGAGCAUCAGUGGUGAACAUCCUGGUCCAAUAACAUGCAUGAGUGGCGAUAACUUUCAUGUUUAUACGGCUAGUGAAAACGAUAUUUUUGCUUGGCGACGUGGUUGUGAGCUGAAACAUGUCUAUAAAGGUCAUAACGCACCAGUGCAUAUAUUGAUGCCAUUUGGAGCGCACUUGAUUUCAAUAGACAAGGAAAAUGUUCUUAAAAUAUUUGACAUAAAGGAUGAAACUGAAUUUUUAGAGUUGUUAUUUGAUGCUAAACAAUUUCAAAUAACAACUUUGUGCCAUCCGCCUACAUAUUUAAAUAAGAUUCUCUUGGGAAGUGAGCAAGGCCAGUUGCAGUUGUGGAAUAUUCGUACUUCUAAACUAGUGUACACAUUCCAAGGAUGGAAGUCACGCAUAAAUGCUGUGGAGUCUGCUCCUGCUAUAGAUGUCGUGGCGAUUGCUUUGGCUAAUGGGAAAGUCAAAUUACACAACUUACGUUAUGACAAGACUAUUGUAGAAUUUGUUCAUGAUUGGGGGCAAGUGAGUAGUUUGUCAUUUAGGUUAGAUGGGGCACCUGUUAUGGUAACAGGGAGUACUGAAGGCCACAUAGUGAUGUGGGAUCUAGAAGAGAAAAGAGUGAUGUCACAAGUACAGUCAGCCCAUUCUGCUUCUAUAGCUGGGUUGCAGUGUUUGAUGUCUGAACCCUUAAUGGUUACAAAUUCUAAAGAUAAUUCUUUAAAGUUGUGGAUAUUUGACAUGCCUGAUGGAGGAGCCAGGCUUCUCAGAAGAAGGGAAGGGCAUGCUUUGCCUCCGAACCUAGUUAUGCAUUGUGAACCCACUGGGCGUAAUUUGUUGACAGCUGGCCAAGACCGAAGUCUUCACAUAAUGAAUACUGUCACUGAAACAUUUAACAAAAGCAUGGGAAAAGCUUCUUACAAUAGGAAACAAGCAAAGAAAAAAAAAAGGUUUCAAAAGGAUAAACAUGCCAUGCCACCUAUAACAAAACUUAGUUCUUGUAUGCAAAGAGAUAAACAAUGGGACAGUAUUGCCUCAAUUCACAGAGGAAAAUACUUGGUGACCACUUGGUCCUAUAAUAAGAUUCGAAUGGGUGAACAUAAAUUGCAACCACCAAAAAUUGGAAAAGGCAUUGAAGCAACAUGUCUGACAGUUACACAUUGUGGAAAUUUUGUUCUUAUUGGAUACAGCGAUGGGCAGGUGCACAAAUUUAAUAUGCAAUCUGGAAUACAUAGAGGAUGUUAUGGUAAAGAUCAAACAUUUGCACACAAAGGAGCUGUUAGAGGUGUAGAAACCGAUAUUUGUAAUCAGAGAGUAGUAACUGCAGGUGCUGAUGACAAAUUAAAGUUUUGGCGCUUUAAGACAGAUAUAACUCCUUAUCAUGUAUUAAGAUUAGAAGAAUCUGUUACAAUGACAAAAUUGAACAGAGACAGUGGAUUGUUGGCCCUUGCUAAUGAAGAUUUCACUAUUACUCUUGUUGAUAUUGACACUAUGACUGUAGUUAGAAACUUUGAGGGACAUCUUGGUAAAAUCAACAGCAUUGACUUUGACUCCCAGAGCAGGUGGCUUAUUAGCACAUCUAUGGAUUGCACUGUUUGUACUUGGGAUAUACCAAGUGCUCAAUUAGUAGAUAUUUUUUCUGUGGAAAAACCGUGCACGUCGCUUAGUAUGUCGCCUACUGGAGACUAUUUGGCGACGACUCACAUUAGCGAACUGGGUGUUUUCCUGUGGGCUAACAGAUUAUUAUAUGAUCGAGUGUUCCUUAAACCUAUUGAUAGAAAAACAAUUGAAGUACCUCAAUUAAAAUUGCCAAGUAGCGUUACCGAAAAACCAGACUUAGAAGACAUAGGCACCAUCGACCUCGGAGAAGAACCCGAAUAUAAGUCCCCUGAGCAAAUUAGUAGUGAAUUAAUUACGUUAUCAAACCAACCAACCUCGAGAUGGCUUAACUUAUUACAUUUAGAUGUCGUCAAACGGAGAAAUAAACCGAAAACACAACUAACCGUUCCGAAAUCAGCACCGUUCUUUUUACCCACAAUACCGAGUCUCGAAUUAGAAUUUGAUUUAGAGAAAGACAAAGAUAACAGAGAAACUAAACUGUUAAUACCCGAUUCACUAUCAACUUUAUCAGUGUUUGCAAAGAAAUUAGUGAAUUGUGAAGAUCAAGAAGAUUACAAUGGAUGUAUAGAAAAGUUAACAUCACUAGCACCAGCAGCUAUAGAAGCUGAAGUAUCUAGUAUGGCACCUGACGUUGGUGGGUCCAUAGAUCUUAUGAGGCGUUUCUUAGAGAUGUUAGUCGUCAUGCUUGAAAGUAAUAAAGAUUUUGAAUUGGCGCAAUCGUAUCUGAGUUUAUUUUUGAAAUCUCAUGCUAAAGUUAUUUCUGCCAGUGGUGAAUUGAGAAAUACGCUACAGUCAAUAGAAGAAACAGCAGCAAGAGCGUGGUCGAGAUUGCAGAGCCAUUUGUUGUACAAUAUUUGUGUUGUAAAGGCUUUAAAAGAUAUGUAAAAUAAAAAAAAUAAUAACCAUCUCCG